CCAGCCGCCAAUAAACCUCAAGGAAGAAGAAGUUGAGCUACGCAAGUCCUCUGCUGUUGUUUUGGUUUGCUUUUAGCCGACUAGCGAGCCAGUGAGCCCGCAGCCAUGUCAGCGUGGCGGAGGCUGCAUGUGUCGGUGCGGACGGUCCUCACCUCCAGACGGGUCACACCGCGGCUCACCUGGCCGCGUCACAGCCUGAGCACAUGCACACCUCUCCGGCAGGACUUCUUCAAAGACCUGGAGGCCCAGCUGGCCGCUAUGAGGAAGAAGGCGGCAGACGCUCUGCCGGGGAGCAGCUGGAGUCCCCUGGAGAUCAACCCGAACCUUCCUCCGGAGAGGGCUGACAUCGUGAUCGUCGGAGGCGGUGUGGUGGGCUGGUCCAUCGCCUACUGGCUGAAGCAGAAGGAGAGGGUGCGAGGAGCGUUGGAAGUUAUCGUGGUGGAGAAGGACCCAACGUACUCUCAGGCCUCCACGGUGCUGUCUGCUGGGGGGAUCCGGCAGCAGUUUUCCCUGCCCGAGAACAUCCACCUCUCCCUGGCGUCCGCAGACUUCAUGAGGAACAUCAAUGAACACCUUGGUGUGGUGAACGAAGACCCGGUGGACCUGCAGUUCAACCAAUCAGGAUACCUCUUCCUGGCUAGUGAGGAGGUGGCUCACAUCAUGGAGGAGAACUACAGCACCCAGAGGUAUGCUGGAGCCAAAGUUUCACUUCUCUCUCCUACACAACUGAAGGAGAAAUUUCCCUGGAUAAACACAGAUGGUGUGGCGCUCGCUUCGUAUGGGUUGGAGAACGAGGGCUGGUUUGACCCCUGGACUCUGCUGAAUGCCUUUAGAAGGAAGGCCAUCUCUAUGGGAGUCGUUCAGUGCUGCGGAGAAGUUACAGGUUUUAAACAUACAACGAAUGUGAUCAACACCGUUGAUGGUGAACAAAUUGAUCUCCGGAGAAUAAAAUCUGUCAGAGUGCAGAUGCCGAACAGCCUCGAGUACCAGCCGGUUGAAUGUGCCAUUGUGGUCAAUGCAGCAGGAGCCUUUUCUGGUAAACUGGCAGAGAUGCUGGGAAUUGGCUUCGGUCCUAAAGACACCUUCGCUGGAAUUCCACUGCCCGUUGAGCCUCGGAAAAGGUAUGUGUACGUAGUCCACUGUCCCGAUGGUCCAGGUCUCGACACUCCCUUCCUGAUCGAUUACUCUGGAGUUUACUUCAGAAGAGAGGGCUUAGGAGGGAACUACAUCGCCGGGACAUCACCAGAGGAGAUUGAGGAGCCAGAUAUCAGUAACCUAGAGGUGGACCACCAGUUUUUUGAGGACAAGAUUUGGCCCAGCUUGGCCCAUCGUGUUCCUGCUUUUGAGAAUCUUAAGGUGACCAGCGCGUGGGCAGGUUUCUACGACUACAACACCUUCGACCAGAACGGCAUCAUCGGGAUACACCCUCUGAUCAAUAACAUGUACUUUGCCACUGGCUUCAGCGGCCACGGCCUGCAGCACUCGCCCGCGGUAGGUCGUGCUGUGGCAGAACUGAUCCUGGAUGGAAACUUUACAACGCUGGACUUGAGCGGUCUUGGCUUCAGACGCAUUCUGGCCCAGGAGCCCAUGUUGGAGAGGAACAUCGUUUAGAUGAACUGGAACGUGGACUCAUACCAUCAACACCUCUGCCAAAGCAAAGGAUCAUUCAAGUUUUCUACAACUUGGGUCUCAGUUUAGUGGUUUUGGCCAUCAUUCCCGUCAUAAUAAUAACAUUGUACUCAUCAUAGAUCUGGGAAUGCAGCCUCAUGACUACAGUAGAGUCCAAAAAGGCAUGAAACAGGAGUAGACAGUUCACUUCCUGUUACCUACAGACUUUAAAACAUUGUUUGUUCACCCUAACCAACCUUACCAAAGUUUUUAUUUUUGCAACUGUGAUAACAGUGUCAAAAAAAUGAUUGCAUGUGUGUUGUUUUAGAGGGCAAUUACAAGCGACGUCUUGCUGAAGGGAAAAUGUUGAGAUAUGUAGGGGUGGAGGGGAACUGAACUGUUGACAUUUCCUGUGAUACAGUAUAAACUGUAAUAAUUCCCAAGAUCUUGACUUCUGUUUUUCAGAUUUCCAUUGAACCUGUGUGUGUGAUGCCAUUGUGCAAUACAUUUGCAGUUUUUAAAUUUUUCUCAGGAACCACUUUGUUUCCACAUGAGUAUGAGUAUGUACGUGAUGUAUACUGUAUUACAGUAUAAUACAGUGCAAUACAACAGCUUUGCAAUGCAAUGUUCAGUUUUUGUUACGACUAAGAUAUUAGUUGAAUUUUAGAGCCUGAAAAAUAACCGAACAUAAACGUUACAUAUGUUUUGUAUCACUUUA